CAGGGGCGGACUGGCAACUCAUGGGGCCCCCGGGCAAUAGGGGAUCAUGGGGUCCCUGUGUCCUUGCCCACACUCAAAGCACACCCAAAAAAGCCUAUAAAAGGUACCAGGGGCAUCUCAUGGGGCCCCCUACUGACCCCGGGCCUUCGGGCAGUGCCCGAGUUUCCAAAUGGUCAGUCCGCUCCUGAGCUCAAGGUUCGGUCCAAACUCAGGUUUAGACCAAAUAUUGGCUGUGCAGGCAUUUGUGGUCAUUCAGCAGGAAUUUCUACCACUACUAUCUAUGACAGCUUCCUCAAUGGUUGCCAAGGAAGAAACUGGCACC